CAUUUCGCAUCAUCAUCUUACCGGAUAGCGCAAGUCCAAGAAAGAGUUUGAGAAACUUGAAGAACAUGAGCACGAGCCCCAAGUGACUUACAAUUAGCUCAGAACACAUCCAACACACUUAAGAAGUUUAAGAGACCCCAAGCUGACCGAAGACGAUGAUCGCCUCUCAUUUACUGGCAUACUACUUCACUGAGCUUCACCAUGACCACGUCCAGAAAGUGGAUAAGUACCUGUACCACAUGCGACUGUCAGAUGAGAACCUGAUGGACGUCUCCAAGCGGUUCAGGAGGGAGAUGGAUAAAGGACUAGGCAGAGACACUAACCCAACCGCAGCAGUCAAGAUGCUCCCCACCUUUGUCCGCUCCACACCCGAUGGCACAGAAACGGGUGACUUUCUUGCCCUUGACCUGGGAGGAACAAAUUUCCGGGUUCUGCUUGUCAAAGUGUCCAGUAAUGGAAAGCAAAACGUGGAGAUGGAAAACCAGAUCUACGCCAUUCCAGAGAACAUCAUGAGGGGCAGUGGGACAGAGCUCUUCGAUCACAUAGCUGAAUGCUUGGCCAAUUUCCUUGAAAAAAUGGGCAUCAAGAACAAGAAGCUGCCUCUUGGCUUUACCUUUUCAUUUCCUUGCCAGCAGACCAAACUAGAUGAGAGUUUUCUCGUCUCUUGGACCAAAGGUUUUAAGGCGAGUGGAGUGGAGGGGAGAGAUGUUGUGGGCCUGUUGAGAAAAGCCAUUAAGAAAAGAGGGGACUUUGACAUUGACAUUGUGGCUGUGAUCAAUGACACCGUUGGCACCAUGAUGACCUGCGGCUAUGACGACCAUCACUGUGAGAUCGGCCUCAUUGUCGGGACAGGCACCAACGCGUGCUACAUGGAAGAAAUGCGGCACUUGGAGCUGGUGGACGGUGACGAAGGUCGCAUGUGUGUGAACAUGGAGUGGGGUGCGUUUGGUGACGACGGUGCCCUGAAUGACAUCCGCACUGAAUUUGAUCGGGAGAUUGACGCUGGCUCCCUCAACCCCGGCAAACAGCUGUUUGAGAAGAUGAUUAGUGGGAUGUACAUGGGGGAGCUGGUCAGACUCAUCCUGGUGAAGAUGGCCAAAGACGGUCUGCUGUUCCAGGGACACACCACUCCAGAUCUGCUCACCACUGGCCACUUCCAGACUUCCUUUGUCUCUGCCAUUGAAAAUACAAAGACUAACGAGGGUCUGGUGAGUGCAGAGGAGGUGUUGAGAGGCCUUGGACUGGACCCGUCCCCUGAAGACUGUGUGGCCACGCAGCGUGUGUGUCAGAUCGUGUCUACGCGUGCGGCCCACCUCUGUGCUGCAUCGCUGGCAGCUGUCCUACGGCAGAUUCGAGAUAACAAAGCCGCAGACAGACUGCGCACCACUAUCGGAGUGGAUGGAUCGGUCUACAAAAACCACCCACAGUUUGCCCGGCGACUCAAUAAGAUGGUGCGGUUAUUGGUGCCUGACUGCGAUGUGCGUUUCUUGCGCUCUGAGGAUGGCAGCGGAAAGGGGGCUGCCAUGGUUACAGCUGUGGCAUACCGGUUGGCAAAGCAGCAUGCAGAGCGUCAGCGUAUCCUGGACACCCUGCGUCUCAAUCGGGAUCAACUCCUGGAGGUGAAGAAAAGGAUGGAGGAGGAGAUUAACCGCGGUUUGGCUAAAAAAACACACGCCACGGCCACUGUCAAAAUGCUGCCCACCUUUGUGCGCUCCACACCGGAUGGAACAGAGCGUGGAGACUUCUUGGCACUGGAUCUGGGCGGCACAAACUUCAGGGUGCUUUUGGUGCGCGUUCGAAGUGGGAAAAGACGGAGCGUGGAGAUGCAUAAUAAGAUCUACACCAUCCCCCAAGACAUUACCCAGGGCACCGGAGAGGAGUUAUUUGAUCACAUAGUGCACUGUAUUGCUGACUUUCUGGAGUAUAUGGGUAUGAAGGGAGCAUCGCUGCCUCUGGGUUUCACCUUCUCGUUUCCCUGCCGUCAGACCCGACUGGACCAGGGUAUUUUGAUAAAGUGGACGAAGGGCUUCAAGGCCACAGGGUGUGAGGGAGAGGAUGUGGCCACGCUGCUGAAAGACGCCAUCCAUCGCAGUGAGGAGUUUGAUUUGGAUGUGGUAGCUGUGGUGAAUGACACCGUGGGCACGAUGAUGACAUGCGGGUACGAGGACCCACAAUGUGAAGUUGGGCUCAUUGUCGGCACAGGGACUAAUGCAUGCUACAUGGAGGAGAUGUCAAAUGUUGAGCUGGUGGAUGGCGAUGAGGGUCGUAUGUGUGUGAACAUGGAGUGGGGGGCGUUCGGGGACGGCGGGGAGCUGGAUGACAUUUGCACAGAGUUUGAUCGAGCUGUGGAUGACCAGUCCACUUACCCUGGGAAACAGCGGUAUGAGAAGAUGAUCAGCGGGAUGUAUCUUGGAGAGAUUGUCAGAAACGUCCUCUUGGACUUCACUGCCAAAGGCCUGCUUUUCCGUGGCAAACUUUCAGAGAGACUAAAGACUCGCGGUAUCUUUGAAACAAAGUUCCUGUCGCAGAUCGAGAGCGAUCGUUUGGCACUGAGGCAGGUCCGUUCCAUCCUGCAGCACUUGGGUUUGACCAGCAGCACGUGUGACGACAGUAUCCUUGUGAAGGAAGUUUGCAGCGUAGUGUCCAAACGGGCGGCCCAGUUGUGCGGAGCCGGUCUGGCGGCCGUGGUGGACAAGAUACGACUGAACCGUGGCCUUGAGAAACUCAGCAUCACCGUAGGAGUGGACGGCACGCUUUACAAACUCCACCCACACUUUGCUACCAUCAUGCGGGAGACCUUAAGAGACCUGGCGCCCAACUGUGAGGUUACUCUCAUCCAAUCAGAAGAUGGCAGUGGAAAAGGUGCCGCCCUCAUCACUGCUGUGGCUUGUCGAUUAAGAGAUGCUGGAAAGUAGAGACUGUACAAAUAAUGUAAAGGGGAAAAGAUAAUGAGGGAAAAAUUAUGUACUGAGCUUCCAGAGAUUUUUAUUUUAUUUUUUUUUGUGCCACAUCGUGACCUUACUGAAACAACACUCCUGUCUGUAGAAGGAUUUAUCCUAUUUAUUUUUGUUCCAUUUUAUGCUUUAGGUCAUUCAUUGCAAGGCCUUGGCAUAUGCUAGUAGGGGAUUGUUCAUAAAAAGGUGGGGGGGGAAUCAAGCAGAAUGAAAACUAAUAACUAUGUAUUUGUAUUGUUAGUGAUUUGAAUACUCUACUGUACUGUCUGAAAAAAGCACAGAGAUUUUAUUCACCUAUUGAGCUGUGAAUGAUAUAAUUUAUUUCUGUACUUAACUGGUCCAUGCAUAUUUCCAGGCUGCAAAUUAAAGGAUUCAUUUAUACAUUUACUCACUGUGAAGUAGGUGAGUAACCAUCAUUUUUAUGUUGGAGUGAACUUUUUAAAAUCGAUAAAAAUCACUUACCUUCAGGCCAUCCAAGAUGUAGAUGAGUUUGUUGUGUCAUCAGAACAGAUUUGGAGAAAUUUAGCUUUACAUCACUUGCUCACCAGUGGAUCCUCUGCAGUGAAUGGGUGCCGUCAGAAUGAGAGUCACAAUAAUCCACACGACUUCAGUCCAUCAAUUAAUGUCUUGUGAAGCAAAAAGUUGCAUAUUUGUAAGAACAAGUUAUGUGUAGCAAGUGAUAUAAUGCAAAAUUUCUGCAAAUUUGUCCCGAUUUGCUUUCAGCAAAUUUUAAUUUUGGGGGGAAAAUUUCCUUUAAAUACCUUGAAUGGUGAUUCUUAAAGGGUUAGUUCACCCAAAAAUGAAAAUUAGCCCAUAAUUUACUCACCCUCUUGGCAUCCUAGGUGUAUAUAACUUCUUUCUUUCAAAGUUAUAUUAAAAAUCUUCAAACAAAACAACGGUCACGAAUUAGAAGUUCAAAACAAGGAUUUGUAAAAGAAAAUGUCAGAGGUUUUUGAUAUAAACCAAGAGGAGGCUGGUUUUCCUUUGCUGAAGUAAGGAAACUUUGCUUCUUUUCCUCUAAUAAACAAACAUUGGUUUUUCACAAGACUCACCAGCGCAUGCGCAAUGCGACGGAGCGUUGCCAACUUGGCAGUUUUGUUGCUAAAUUUAGCAACUUUUUUUUUUUUUUUUUUUUUUACAAAAGCACCUAGCAACAAAUUUAGCUAUUUGUAAAAUUUAUUUGGCAAUAUUUAGCAACUUUUGCUAAGUGAUUCAAAUGAUAAAAAGCACACAUUUUCCAUUUAAAUUACACAUAAAGAGAAAAAUAUCUAGAAAAAUUGAAAAGGCACUAAUUUUCCAGGACAUUAUCCGUUAUCUAUUAUCCAUUGUAGCCCUGUAACCCCAAAAACACAAAAUACAAUGGAUAAUUAAAAAAAAAAAAAAAAAUAAAAAAAUAAAUACAGAAAA